AUGGAACUGUUGGAGACUACUCCAAUAAGAGCAGAGCAAGUGAAGAACUGGACAAAUACAACUCCUAUACUUGCUAGAGUUUUGAAUUUUAUUAAACAAGGUUGGCCUAGCAAGUGUCCAGAUGGGGAGUUUCAACCAUAUUUUCAACGACGAGACGAGCUGAGUGUUCAAGACGACUGUAUACUUCGGGGAAACAGAGUGGUUGUUCCACCCCAAGGAAGAAGGCAAGUGGUUGACGAAUUACAUGAAACCCACCCAGGAAUAUGUAAGAUGAAAAGUCUAGCAAGAAGCUACGUGUGGUGGCCGAACAUGGAUAACGAUUUGGAAAACAAAGUACGAACGUGCAACAACUGCCAGAUAAAUAGAAAGAAUCCUCCUGAAGCGCCACUGCACCCGUGGGAAUGGCCAAGCCGACCAUGGGAAAGAAUUCAUAUUGACUAUGCUAGUCCAUUCUUGGGGAAAAUGUUCCUCAUCAUGGUCGAUGCGUACUCAAAAUGGCUCGAAGUGCAUCCAACGAAUGUGGCAACAUCGAGCGCAACAAUUGAAAAACUUCGAUCAACAUUUGCAAUCCACGGCCUUCCUAAAACAAUUGUUAGUGAUAAUGGUAGUAAUUUUUGCAGUGAAGAAUUCGAAGAAUUUCUGGUGAAAAACGGCAUUCAUCACAGAAGGACUGCUCCUUAUCAUCCAGCCUCCAAUGGACUUGCAGAACGGGCGGUCCAGACGUUUAAGGAAGGGAUGAAGAAGAUGUCAAAUAAGGAAAGUUUGGAAACCAGAGUGUCUCGGUUUCUCUUCAAAUACCGUAUCACGCCACACUCAACCACAGGGAUAGCGCCAGCGGAAAUGCUUAUGACCAGAAAACCAAGAUCUCGCUUGGACGUACUACAUCCAGAUGUAAGACAAAGAGUACAGGACCAACAGAAGAAGCAGAAAGAGUUACACGAUCAACAUGCAGUGGAUCGACAAUUACGAACAGGUGUUUUAAUAUAUUCGAGAGAAUAUGGAAAACAACAAAAGUGGUGUCCAGGAGUGAUCAAUACACAAACCGGGCCAGUUUCCUAUACCAUACAGUUGGAAGACGACCGCGAGGUUCAUCGCCAUCAAGGUCAGGUGAUCCAUAGAGAAACACCCGAAGAAAACGAAAAUGACGUCAUGGAUCCAGAUAUCAACCAGCAACCCGUUCCAGACCAACAAGUGGUUAGCGAAGAAAAUGCAGUUUCAGCAGCCACCGGACUAUUAUUCGUGAGUAAUUACACUAAUUUUAGAGUGUAA